AUGAAAAGAAUCUAUCAAAAAGGUCACUGUCAUUAUUAUGGUGAAUCGGGACACACGAAGAAAAACUACGGAAAGAGAGCUGCUGAUGAGGUGGUUGUUGCUGCUGCUAAGGCUGCUGCUGCAACUAAGGCUGCUGCUGUCCAACCUCCAGCUACUAAUGGUGGUGAAGCCACCCUUGUCCCAGAACCCCCCACCGAAAUUCAACUUGAAGCUAGUCAACCACUAUUGUCACAAACCGAUGACUCUCAAGAGGUCUUGCCUCCUCCUAUGAGGCCACCAAAACUGCCUCCCAAAAGGAAGUCAUCCAGACAAGAAAAAGCAACUCCAGGAAGCAGCUUUCAAGCAGCAACCACCCCACCUGCUGCCACCCCACCAGCAAGCAGUCAACCCACAACUCUUCCUCCAUCUCAUCCUAUGCAAGGUGCAUCAUAG